AUGCAGAACAACCAAAAGGCGGCGCGAGAGGCGCGCCGCUUCCUGGACUCGCACGUCCGCAGCGACUGGUCGUACCCCGACGUACCGCCGCCGCGAUCCGGCUCCGACGAAGAAAUCCGGGAUGUGGAGGAGUUCCGCGAACGGUACUACGGGAGCUCCGCAUCCGAUGCGACCUUCUUGGCCCCUUUGCCGCAUGCGAAUCCAUAUAAAUUCGAGUCUCCCGAGAGCGUAGGCGAUGCGGUGGAGCGGCGGCGGCGGGCGCGGAGACGGAAACUGCGAGUCAGGCAGCAGGAAGAGAUGGCUUGGAACGAGGGCAUGAAGGUGUUCAUUGAGAGACAGGAGGUCUGGACGGGAGCGGCAACGGUGCGGAGACACCGGGCCAGGCUUCCGCACGAAGGAGCACAAUCUACGGGGGGUCCGGGUCCGCCUGAUGGUUCAGCUUCGCUGGAUGGGAGCCAAGGCCAGCACCAUACUGGGGAUGAUACCUCAGACGAAUCCGUCGUCUCGCUCGCUCCUCUGGCGCCACGUCUCCUCGCCGACAAUCCGAUUCGCACCUCUAUCAGGCCUUCGGUCUAUCAGGACAUCUACGCCAACAUUGUAGUGCGCGGGCGGCCGCCCAGCGUGCCGGUAAACCUCUCGGACAUGACGCGGGCAUUAGUACAGGGCUGGAAGGGAGCGGGAGAGUGGCCUCCAAAGGCGAAUCCAAUCGAUCCGCUGCCUGGCGGCCGUAGGAAGGCCGGAGUUGGGGCAGCGGGUAGUUCUUCAAGAGGAGGAACGGGAGCAGGCAAGGGAGAAGGGGUUGCGGGUGAGGGACAGUUUCUCAGCCAUCACCCGCAUGUGAAGAAGGGGGUGGAUUCGGUGAAGAGGAUGUUGCAUCUCAAUGGACUGGGACACCAUCAUCAUCAUGGGCAUCAGGAGGGUGGGGAG